UCUUAACAGUUUGUGAAAUAUCCGCAAUGCCAUAUAGUAAACUUUCAGAAAAACAGCAAAUUUAACUCUUAAUGUAAUGCGAUAGGUUUAAAUCUAUUUCUUUCUCAAGACUUUCUCAAAUGUGGCAAUGACUGUGCGUUCGUCUGCUGACUUGACAUGAGCACACACGAGGGACGCGCUCUCUCUCUCUCUCUCUCUCUCUCUCUCUCUCUCUCUCUCUCUCUCUCUCUCUCUCUCUCGCACGCUCUCUUUUGACCUGAGUGACAGACAGAUAUCACUGUCACUGCUGUACACAAGUUUCCGGAAUACAGCUCAAAGUGUCUUUCACUCUGCAGCACAAUGAAGGAGCAAAGCUACAGCGAAGAAAUUACAAAAAUACUGGAGGAGGCUCCCGCAGCUCGACAAGCGCUUCUAGACAACUACAACAAUUUAUACAAAGUAGCCGAAUACUGCGAGAGCAACUACCUGCAGUCUGGUAAUGACUCCAAGAAAGCACUGGAUGAGACCAAGGCCUUUACCGCCCAGUCAUUGGCUAGUGUGGCCUAUCAGAUCAACGCACUGGCCACCAAUGUGUUCAAACUGCUGGAUUCACAAACCAUGCAGCUCCGCAAAAUAGAGUCCUCCAUCAACCAGAUCGGAGAGACGGUGGACAUGCACAGAGAAAAGGUGGCCCGUCGAGAGAUUGGGGUUUUCACAGUCCCCAAGAAGCUACCACGCAGUCACAAGAUUGUCCCCCCAGCAAAAAGUAAAGAUCCCAAGCCGAAAUACUCCCGCACACCCAUCUCCUUCUCCAUACUGGACUCUGUAGGUCAUGGCAUUAAGGAUUCGGGGCAGCCACAGUUAAAAACCGCGACCAUGACCCGUAGCAGCAGCAUAUUGAGUCGAGGCGGCCGUCCUCCAGAGCCUGUCCAGUGUCCUGUGGUGCCCACUUUGUCUCACGGAUCAUCAGUCACCUCACUUAAUGAGAAAUCUAUAGCUUCAAGCUUCGGUAAAGCCGUACCACCUCCAGUAGUGCCCAGUUGGCCGGCCAGCUCUGAUGGUGACAUCGUGAGCACAUUGCUGGAUCAAGGUCCACCUCCUCCACCCCCACCGAUGGAGUUAGAGGGUGAACAGGACCAUGGGCAGGAUUCUGCUCCACCUCCCCCUCCACCUCCUCCCUUUGACUGUACUGACGUCCCUCCGCCUCCUCCUAUGCCCCCUACAGUAAAUCCACCUGAUUCCAGCAGCCUAUUGAGCAUUCCACCUCCUCCACCAGCUCCACCUCUUGAAACAGUGGCCGAGGAGAAUGUAUUUUCUCUACCAGGACCGCCCUGUGACAUGCUUCCUCCACCAAUCUCUGAUGGUUUUGAUCUUCCUCUUCCACCACCUGUAUCUAAUGAUGUAAACAUCGAAGCUCCGCGCUCACGGCGGUCACGAGUACGUCGACAUCCUCCUAGCGCUCGCUCUCUCUCUCUAAGGGUCCGCAUGGGCCCCAGUGCUCGCUCGCUUUACACACGCUCACUUUUUCUGCCUUCCGCUCAAUCACUCAUGAUACCCCCGCCCCCUCCAUAUCCACCUCCUCUGGCUCCGCCUGUUUCAUUGAGCCCAUUGUGCAGGAUCCCUGCCCGCCUGCAGCACCUGGAUCUUGAGAUUCCUGCCCCGCCCCCAUCACCACCAGUGGGUUUUGACAACUAUGAUGAAAUGCCCCCUCUACCGCCCCCUAUUGAUUAUGACACAUGUGCACCAGCUGAUUAUUUGGAGAAAGUGGUGGCACUGUAUAGCUACGACACAGGCAACCCAGGCGACUUGGUCUUUCAGGAAGGUGAUAUCAUCUACGUUACCAUCAAGAAUGAGGAUGGUUGGUUUGAGGGAAUACUAAAUGGAGUCAAAGGUUAUUUUCUAAUCAGAUCUGACUUUGGUACUCUCUAA